AAAAAUUUGAAACUGCGCUCCCACUUCUACUCCGCGGUUCGUCCUCUGUCUCCAUCGAAACCCUAAGUUCUCCAUCCUAACGGGCUAACCCUCCCCGUAUUUGUCUGUCCCCGCCCUUAAACGAUGCAUACCAGGAACCAGAACAGAGCCCCCACGAUCCAGGGGAACAAGGUUUCACAAAGUCUUUCUAAUAAGAACGAGCUUUUGCAUGAAGAACAGUUUGAUAAGCGGCGGAAGAUUGGAGGAGGGACGAUGGCGGGGACGCGCUCUCGUCCACCUCUGUCGGCAGUAAAUGCGCUACCUGGGAGUAGCGGUACUGUGCCGGCUUCGGAAAGGUCUAAUGGAGACAACGCUGGAGGCCAACUCGAGUUUAAAUCAAGAGAGGAUGUAGAGAAAUUGCUAGCUGAAAAGCUAAAUCCUAAGAAUAGAAAUAAUGAUAAGGGAAGGAUUAUGGAGCUGCGGGAUAGCAUCAAGAAGUUCAGGACCUGUAUCAACUGGUACAUGGAGCUCGAAGAUGGAUAUCUGGCAGAGUUGGAGAAGCUUCGUGGCAUGUUGGAAUCAGAGCAGAGAAGACAUUGUGACAUUGAGGCCCAAAUGAAUUGCAAGAUUGAUGAGCUAAAUUUGUUGAUCGAGGAACAUCAGAAACAUGUGGUGUCCCUGGAGGAGAGUCUUAGGAAGGCAAAGGCUGACAAAUUGGCUGCUAUUGAAUCUUAUGAGAAAGAGGCUGAGGCAAAGGCUGCAUCUGAAAAAUUACGUUGUGGUCUCUUGGAAGAGCUUGAAAAAACCACUGAAGGUAUAAAGUAUCUUAAUGAUCAGAUAAAAAUGAUUCAAGAGACAAACAAACGGCUGCAAGAGUAUAAUACCAGUCUUCAACAGUAUAACAACAACUUACAGGCUGAAGCUAUGAAGAACGGCGAUACUGUAACAAAGUUGCAAAAGGAUAAGACUGCGAUGAUGGAGACUCUCGCUGGAUUAAGGGAUCAAUCCAGCUUGCUUAAGAAUCAACUUGAUGCCAUUAGGUCCUCUCAACAAGAAGCACUUAAGCAGAGAGAGGAAUACAAGAAGGAAGUAGAUUGUCUCAGAGGCGAAUUGCAACAAGUCAGGGUGGAUCGUGAUCACCAACUAGAACACAUUCAACUCAUGAAUGUGGAGCUUAAAAAAUAUGAAGAAGUUAACGGAAAGUCUAGUAGGGAUAAAGAUAUUGCUCUAACAAAGGCUCAUGCACUUGAGGAGACCUGUUCUUUGCAACAAGAUCAAAUAAAAAGUUUGCACUAUCAGCUGACAAUUGCAACUGAGAAGCUCAAGAAGGCUGAUUUGACAACGAUUGAGAUCAAACAAGAAAAUGAAGCUAAAAAUAAGUUGGUUGAUGGCCUGCAAAGUCGUGUCACUGAUUUAGAAUGUCAACUUGUUGAAGGAGAAAAACUACGGAAGAAACUACAUAACACCAUUUUGGAGUUGAAAGGAAACAUUCGAGUUUUUUGUAGAGUACGACCCACUUUACCCACUAUUGACUGUAGUGGAGAUGAUGGGACAGUUGUGUCGUAUCCACCUGGUGUUGAGUAUCUUGGACGUGGGAUUGAUUUGACGCAUAAUGGUCAAAGCUAUUCAUUUGCUUUUGACCAAGUAUUUAGUCAUGAGUCAUCUCAAGCGGAUGUAUUUUAUGAAAUCUCACAGCUUGUGCAAAGUGCACUUGAUGGAUAUAAGGUUUGCAUUUUUGCCUAUGGACAAACUGGUUCAGGCAAAACUUAUACUAUGAUGGGGAGACCUGAAUCUGAAGAGCAAAAAGGAUUAAUACCACGAUCCUUGGAACAAAUCUUUGAGACUAGUCAAUCCUUGAAAUACCAGGGGUGGAAAUACAAAAUGCAGGCAUCAAUGUUGGAGAUAUACAAUGAAACAAUCCGUGAUUUAUUAUCUCCAAGUCGAUGUAACAACAUUGAUACGACUCAUGCUAAUAAGCUGUAUACAAUAAAACAUGAUUCAGCUGGUAACACAUUUGUGUCUGACCUUACCGUGGUAGAUGUAUGCAGCAUAAAUGAAGUCUCUUUCCUUCUUAAUCAAGCAGCACAGAGCAGGUCUGUUGGCAAGACACAAAUGAAUGAACAAUCAUCAAGGAGUCAUUUUGUUUUCACCCUAAGAAUAUCUGGAUUCAAUGAUUCCACAGAACAACAGGUCCAAGGUGUUUUGAACCUAAUAGAUCUUGCUGGAAGUGAACGUCUUGCCAAAAGUGGCUCAACUGGUGACCGCCUAAAGGAAACUCAAGCGAUCAAUAAAAGCUUAUCAUCUUUGAGUGAUGUAAUAUUUGCAAUUGCCAAGAAAGAUGAUCACGUGCCUUAUAGAAACUCAAAAUUGACGUACCUUCUUCAACCUUGCCUUGGGGGUGAUUCAAAAACGCUGAUGUUUGUCAACAUUUCCCCCGAGGCUUCAUCAGCCGGUGAAUCUAUCUGCUCGCUCCGGUUUGCUGCACGUGUUAAUUCCUGCGAGAUUGGGGUACCUCGUCGCCACACGCAAAUGAGGCCAUUAGAUUCCAGAUUAAGCUAUGGAUGAGGACAAUACUUUCACUUAACAAAGUUCUCUUUGCUACAGAUUUAACAACAAUGUAUCAUUUAGUAAUGCUCUCUAUCUUUCUACCAAUUCAUGGAAAGGUAUGUUAUAUAUUUGGAUGUGAGCAUUGUUUCAUAAGCGUGUAAGUUAAUCUAAAAGGAUUCUCUCUUUAUAC